UGAAGAAUUCGAUUUCAACAGGGAUACGUGGGGCUAGCUAUUCCGUCGGCAAUUCCCGAAAUCAACGCUGCCGCUUAACGUCAUCGCAUCUUUUCACAAAUAUUCUUUACUUCCACUCCCUUCUCUUCUUCGACCACACGGUAAUCCCCACCACAUAUAAAUAUAUACACCAAAAUAAUCCUCCGAAGCACGCACCAAAGCAAGAAUCAUGAAGAGGCAAAGACUUAUGAGCGUGAGAGCUUUCGAAGGUGCAGAAAUGGCGUCCAUGGUGAAGAAGAAGAAAGCAAAGAGUACUGAAGCUGAUGACCAGAAGAUGCGUAACGAGGAGGAGGAGAAAGAAGGGAAACAGAAGGUUGAAGAAAAUGUUUUGGGCUGGCCAAGCUGGGACGACGACCACGAUUAUUGGCCUUGGAUUGGGGAUUUCGUGGACGAGCAAAUGUCGUGGGGCUCUGUUUGGAUUCCAUUUUUGGAUGAAGCUUUCGGUGCACUGUACGGUGAUGUUGUUUGGGACGACGACAUUUGGAAUUUGAAGAAAGAAAUUCCAAACCCAUUCCAGAGUUGAUUAGGGCUAUAUUCUACUUGUUCUGGUUUUCACUUAGGAAUGAAAUGUUGAGCUUUUCUCAUUAAUUUCACAGGCUGAGGCUGCUAUGUUUUGGUUGAACUGCUUGACUAAAACGAAUAACCAUCUUAUCUUCAUCUGCCAUAUGAAUUGGAAGCCCGGAUUAAUUCACACAGUAUGCUGCUAAUAGGAUUAGUUGUAGAAUACAAAACGCACACAGUAUAAUUGUUACUUAAGACUUACUUAAGACAUGAUAAAUUUGAAUCCCA